AUGAACAGAUGUUAUCGGUGCGAAAAGCACUCUGGAUGCUCGGAAGAUUUUUAUAAGGAAUGCGUAAAGAAACACUUGGAGAAUCGUCGUUUGGAAGGAAAUGGAGAGCAGCAGGAUACAUUUGAGGAGCAUAUGCAGAAGUACUUAAACGGUGAAUUGGAUGAAAUCCCUGGUAAGCCUCUGCCAGAAAUCAUCGAGACUUUCUACCUCAUAAUAAGUGCAAACUCAUCCACGGCAGAAGAUGAGUGCGAGCCACUGGAUUCUGAUGACGAGGCAGAGUACGGAGAAAGUUCGUUCCCAGACAAAAAUGAACAGUAUUUGGAAAGAGUGGUGACAAGUACUAUCGAUGAUUAUGUACUUGACGAGGAUGAAAUCGAUAGAAGACUACUUUCUACACUUCUAACGAAUAAUGUUCAGAGUUUGGGUAUUGGUGGGGAAGUGGAGCAGUUGAUGGGUGCUUUGAAUGAAGAGGAGCGUGUUGCGUUUGCUCGAUUGGCAGAAGAAGUUCAUCUUGACACGAGCGGCUUGACUGAUAGUUGCUUCAAGAAGUCUUAA